GGCGAGGCGAAGGGGGCUGCGUGUUUCCGGAAGACGUGGCCGUUGUCGCCCCGCUGCUGCUGUUCGGCUCUUUCUCCUUCCCCGUUGUUGCCCCGCCGCCACCAUGAUCUCCCUCUCGGACACCCAGAAGAUCGGAAUGGGUUUAACAGGCUUUGGAGUGUUUUUCCUUUUCUUUGGAAUGAUACUCUUCUUUGACAAAGCUCUUCUUGCUAUUGGAAAUGUUUUAUUUGUGGCUGGCUUGGCUUUUGUUAUUGGUUUAGAAAGAACAUUUAGAUUCUUCUUCCAAAAACACAAAAUGAAAGCAACGGGCUUUUUCCUGGGUGGUGUGCUCAUAGUUCUGAUUGGUUGGCCUUUAAUAGGAAUGAUUCUUGAAAUUUAUGGGUUCUUCCUAUUAUUCAGGGGGUUCUUUCCUGUGGUGAUUGGCUUUAUUAGAAGAGUUCCAGUCCUUGGUUCUCUCUUGAAUUUACCUGGUAUAAGCUCGCUUGUAGAUAAAGUUGGAGAAAGCAACAACAUGGUAUAAUGACAAGAGGGCAGAAGACUGAUUCUAAACUUAUUGUAUUAUUUAUAAAAUCCUUUUGAAGAAUACUCAGCACAAAGAUUAAGUUGUGUACAAAGGAAAGGCUUGUAACAUUCUUUACCUAACAGUUUAAAUUAAAAUGUAUAGUCAACAAUAUACAUUAGAAGCUCGGCAAGUAUGCUUCUAGGAAAAGUAACUGCAGAGUUCAGGAAGUAAACUGAAGAGGUGAAAGUCAUGGAAUAACUCACAUUACAGCUGUUCAAGACUGUGUUUGUUGGUUUUGGAAAAGGUAAUGAACCCUUCUGGAUUUAAAGGUGCCUGUACUUUACCUCCUUAUUGUGAAGGUGCAGUAGAGCAAACAGGCCUCCAUUUUUAAGGUCACUCCAACUUAUCCAACCUUCUUCUUGUUACCCUCAGAAUGCAAAGUGAACAAACAAAACAAAACAAAAAAGGCAAAAUACAGAAAACUUCUCGUGUAACAAGAGAUGCGCCUUUGCAUGGAAGUUGAGAUGACUAUUCAUCUCUAAGUAUAUUAUGACUAAAAAGGAAACCCUGCACACUUCUGUUGUAUACAUUUCUGUAAAUAUGUGGUUGAAAUAAAACAUUAUGGUAAUGUUUCAAAGCCAAAUGUAAGUUGAUUGUAUUUGCCUUCCAUUUUGGAACAUGCAGAAGGUCAGUCUUCAGUAACUUCAGUCUUAAGUGUUGGUUCCGAACAUGUAGAGUUCAACAGGGGAACUCUAGAAACUGACUUACACUCCUUCCAGUUUGUUCUUCUUGAGUCAUGUUAUGUCUGCAUCCAGGUGAGAAUGUAGCCCCUUCUCACUAACUUGAAAACCUUGAAAUGUGUUUGGUUCAAAAAAAAAUGCACCUGGUUACGGUGCUGACAUGAAUCUUGUGAAAUGUAUCUUAUCAAAAUACGAACCUUUUGUUUUUAAAUGGUUUGAAGCUAAGGUUUCUUUGUUUAUUCUGGAACUACAAGUUGACGUUUAUUUUUUACGGUAAUAAAAUGAAAACUUAAAACUGUGUGUAUGUGAGUCUCUGGGGAGCAAAUUUAGUAAAUGGACUAAUUAACAAUCAAGUGCCAAUCUCAGUGUUACAUAACUUGUUCCUUGGGUUAUCUUCAGAUCUUCAAAUAACGCAAGACUUCUGUCAUAACAACAACUUAGAUGUUGCCUGGAGUAUUCGUCCCCCACUAAUGCAAAGGUCACAUUUCUGCUUCUCUUGAAAUGUUAAACAUACUUUCAGUAGAUACAGCUAUAGAUACCUAACAAAAAGUGAUCAUUAAGAAAACUGUAUUUGUGAAGAUCUUGGGGUUUUCUGUUUUAAUGUUCUUUUUCCCUUCAGAUGUAAUCCUAAAAACUUACUGAAAUGCAAUGAUAAUAUUUCAGCUAGCUAUGUAGUCUUAAAGGCCUAAUGACUGAUUUUAUUAUUAUGCAGUUAAAAUUGGUAUUUUUUUCAGAACAUCUUUUAAGAAGGAUUCUCGGAUACUGUUUUGGAAGUUGCUACAAAGCUUUUUGUAUAAGGCAUGAGUGUUUUUUCACUGCAACUGCAUCAAUGGCUGCAACCUAGUAUUUCUAACUCCCAUAUUUAAUUAGCUUCCUUCUCAAACACGCAGGGAAAUCAUUCAAUGGGGAAAAAAUGCCAUGACAGUUAGAGUGAACAGUAUCUGAGAAAACACAUCAGUGUUUUCUUGAAAGUUUAUAUGAAAAAGUUGACUAUGAUAGCAUGUGCUACAUAUGGACUAAAUGUGACUUGUGGCUCCUACCUCAAGAGAUGAACCAAUUUUAACUGUUCCUGCAGAUCUGUUGUGUGUUAAAUGACUAGAAAUAACACUACAGCUGUUCAGCAAACUCAUCACGUUUGCUUUGGUUGAGCAGUAGUCUGUACUGUGGGAAUCAAGUGCUGUUUAAAGCCGUGUUCAUCAUUUACAUUACAAGUCAGCUACCUGAAGAUUUUUCUUGUCUUUUGAAAAGUAAUCUGAUGGGACAGGUGGAUUACACCACAUGACUGGAGCUCUAACUGAAAGCAAAUAGCUUGGUAAGCUGAAGUACUUUCAUCGACAAGAAAUCUGACAUCUUUCAGAGGUAAUGAAUGCAUUACUGUAUGUUAUCUUUUAGCCCUCUGAAACUGAGAUGUAGGCAGUUCAUCUUGUUCCUGUUUAAUUCUUUGUUUUAAAUCAAAAGUCAAUUUUUGUCAGAUAUGAACUGUUGUGAAAUGCAUCUGAGGGAACAAAAGGGUAUGCUGAGUUUCACAGAGUCUUAAUCCCUCAAGGUAAUGUUGUCUUUUAGACGGUUUUGCCAAGAUAAAUGUGGGUGGCAGCAAUGGUCUGAACUACUUAGCCUUAAAUGUUUCUGUUGUAAAAAAUCUCUAACAGAAACAUGUUUGGAACGUUUCCUCUUUUAAAUGUAAUUUAUAAUUGCUGCUUUAAAAAAAAAAUGUAAGGAUGGAUUUCAUUCUGAGCAAAUGGAUACUGUAAAUAUACUUGUCAUAUCUUGAAUAAAGGGUACCUUUUUCUAUGA